AAAAAGCACAAGUUCUUCCCGCCAUUUCGACUCCAAACCCUGACGCAAAUUCGCACCAACAAAAUCCAAGUUAACUCCAGCGCCGUCCGGAUUAAUUUCUAAUCAGAAAUGGCGGACGAGCAGCCUUCAGCCGCAAAUCGCCGGAGGAGCCGAGGAUCUGAGGCAACCGCCCGCCUUCAGGCUCUGGAACGUCUCAAAGCCAUCCGCACUGGCGGCCGUCGAUCAGAAGCCGGUGGUUUCCAAGUUAAGUUGGAGAACCCUAUCUACGAUACGAUUCCCGAGGACGAGUAUGAUGCUCUUGUUGCAAAGCGUCGCGAAGAAGCCCGAGGGUUUAUUGUUGACGACGACGGUCUUGGAUAUGGAGACGAAGGCGAGGAAGAGGAUUGGUCCAAAGCUGGGAUUUGUUCCUCCGACGAGUCUGAUGGCGAGCCUGAGAAACCUAAGAAGAGGAAAUCAGAGAAGAAAGAAGCACAACCGAAGAAGCCCUCUUCUACUUCUCUGUCGGCGGCGGCUGCGAUGAUGGGGAAACAGAAGCUUUCUUCGAUGUUCACUUCAUCGAUCUUCAGGAAAACGGGUAAAGAUGAUAAGGCUAAAGGGUUGGCUUGUGACAGUAUUGUCGAUGAUGUGAUUGCCGAAUUUGCGCCGGAUGAGACUGAUAGAGAGCGGCGUAGAAAGGGGCAAAUCGGAGCUACACCGAUAUCGAAAACAUUUGCGCCUGUUCCUGCUAUGAAAUGCGAGGGAGUAAUUGCUCAGAGUCUUAAUUUAACUGGUGGAUCUGAAUUGGUUAAGGGAACUGUAAACGGGAACUCUGGAAUGACCAAGGAUUUCACAAACAGUGAUUUGGAGUCUGUGCGAGCUGAUAUAGAGAUCCAGGGAAAUGGUGAAACUAAGAAAUUUGAUUCAAAGGAUGAUUUAGAUUCUGAAAUGAAUCUGGUUUCAGUUGGGCAAUCUCAUAAUCCUUCGAUCAAGGAAGAUGUAAUUGAAGAUAAUAUGCCAAUUGUGGUAGAAACGAAGUCAGAAGCUUUAGUGAAGAAGGAGCCGGUUUGUACUUUGAAUGCUACGAUUAGCGAUGUAAAAGACCCAGCUUUGAGUGCCACUGCGGGAUGGCAAGCAGUGAGAAGUGAAGGGAGUGGAAAUGCUGAUUCUGCUGCAGAUACUUCUGAAGAUAAAUCCCAUUUUGAUAUUGACGCUGAUGGCUCUCUGCCUUUCUAUAUGGUUGAUGCGCAUGAGGAGCUCUUCGGUGCAAAUAUGGGCACCGUAUAUCUGUUUGGCAAGGUCAAAGCUGGAGAUACGUACCAUAGUUGUUGUGUGGUGGUGAAAAACGUGCAGAGAUGCGUAUAUGCCAUUCCAAGUGCCUUUUUUCUUCAUUCGGAUGAGAUGUUGAAGCUUCAGAACGAUGCCGAACAAUCCCAGCUUUCUCCUACAGAUCUGCGCACCAAGUUGCAAGAAGUGACUGCAGGAUUAAAAAAUGAAAUAGCUCAGCAGUUGCUAGAUCUCAAUGUUCCAACAUUUAGCAUGACACCCGUUAAGAGGAAAUAUGCAUUUGAGCGUCAAGACAUACCUACGGGGGAAAAUUAUGUUCUUAAAAUUAAUUACCCAUUCAAGCACCCCCCACUUCCUGCUGAUCUAAAAGGAGAAUCGUUCUGUGCACUCUUAGGAACGCAUCGCAGUGCCUUGGAGCUUCUUCUCAUUAAAAGGAAAAUAAAGGGUCCCUCCUGGUUGUCAAUUUCAAAAUUUUCUUCCUGUCCUGGUUCUCAACGAGUGAGCUGGUGCAAGUUUGAAGUGAUAAUUGACUCUCCAAAAGAUGUUCAGAUUUCAACUUCAUCAAGCAAAACUUUGGAGAUUCCUCCUAUGAUUGCCACUGCAAUAAACAUAAAGACCAUUAUUAAUGAAAAGCAGAAUGUCAAUGAAAUUGUGUCUGCAUCUGUUAUAUGCUGUCAAAGAGCGAAGAUUGACGGUCCCAUGUUAGCCACAGAAUGGAAAAAGCCUGGUAUGCUUAGACAUUUUACUAUCAUCCGUAAGCUUGAUGGAGGCAUAUUUCCUAUGGGAUUUGCUAAAGAGUCCACAGAUAGAAAUUCGAAGGCUGGAUCAAAUGUUUUAAUCUGCGAGGGCAAUGAACGAGCCUUGUUGAAUCGAUUAAUGAUUGAAUUGUUCAAAUUGGAUAGUGAUGUGCUGGUUGGACACAAUAUCUCUGGGUUUGACCUAGAUGUUCUUCUCCAUCGAGCCCAGUUUUGCCGAGUACCAAGCUGCAUGUGGUCCAAAAUAGGUCGUCUUAAGCGGUCUGUUAUGCCUAAACUUGGAAAAGGAGGGGGCAUUUUUGGGUCUGGAGCAAGUCCCGGAGUCAUGUCUUGCAUUGCUGGUCGGCUCUUAUGUGAUACGUACUUGUCUUCCCGUGACCUAUUGAAAGAGAUUAGUUAUUCUUUGACAGAGCUAGCAAAGACUCAACUUAGCAAGGACCGCAAGGAAGUCACUCCUCACGAUAUUCCAAGAAUGUACCAUGCAUCAGAGUCUCUCAUGAACCUGAUUGAAUAUGGUGAGACAGAUGCAUGGUUGUCAUUGGAACUCAUGUUUCAUUUAAGUGUUCUUCCCCUUACACGUCAGUUGACUAAUAUUAGUGGUAACCUCUGGGGAAGAAGUCUGCAGGGUGCUAGAGCCCAGAGAGUAGAGUAUCUCUUACUUCAUGCAUUCCAUGCCAAAAAGUAUAUUGUCCCCGACAAGAUUUCAACUUAUGUGAAGGAAAAAAAGAUGGUUAAAAAGAGAACGAAUCAUGGUUCUGAGGAAAAAAAUCUUGAUAAUGUUGAUUUAGAUGAUGCAAAUUUAGAAGCUCCCAAUACUGAAAGUGGAAAAGGAAAAAAGGGAUCCUCCUAUGCAGGUGGGCUAGUCUUGGAGCCAAAACGAGGUUUAUAUGAUAAAUAUAUAUUGCUCCUGGACUUCAACAGUCUGUAUCCUUCCAUCAUUCAGGAAUAUAAUAUUUGCUUCACCACUGUUGAAAGAUCUCCAGAUGGUGUCAUUCCUCGUCUGCCGUCUAGUAAAGUCACUGGAGUUCUUCCUGAGUUGCUAAAAAAUCUGGUUCAGAGGAGAAGAAUGGUGAAGUCAUGGAUGAAGAAUGCAUCUGGUAUUAAGCUCCAGCAACUUGACAUUCAACAGCAGGCAUUAAAGCUCACUGCAAACAGUAUGUAUGGAUGCCUUGGGUUUUCUAAUUCAAGGUUUUAUGCAAAACCACUGGCAGAGCUUAUUACUUCACAAGGAAGAGAAAUAUUGCAGAGCACUGUUGAUCUUGUACAGAAUAAUCUGAACCUAGAGGUAAUUUAUGGUGAUACCGAUUCAAUAAUGAUUCAUAGUGGACUUGAUGAUAUUGGUCAAGUGAAAGCAAUUGCAGUAAAAGUUAUACAAGAGGUCAACAAAAAGUAUAAAUGUUUAGAAAUUGAUCUUGAUGGCUUGUAUAAGAGAAUGCUGCUUCUGAAGAAAAAGAAAUAUGCAGCUGUAAAGUUGCAGUUCAAGGAUGGAAUGCCAUAUGAGGUUAUUGAGCGCAAGGGUCUUGAUAUGGUUCGUCGUGAUUGGAGCUUAUUGUCAAAGGAAUUAGGUGAUUUCUGCUUGAGUCAAAUAUUGUCUGGAGGAUCAUGUGAGGAUGUCACUGAAUCGAUACACGAUUCUCUUGUGAAGAUACAAGAGGAUAUGAGGAAAGGGCAAGUUGCACUUGAGAAAUAUAUCAUCACGAAGACAUUGACCAAGCCACCUGAAGCCUAUCCUGAUGCCAGAAACCAACCACAUGUUCAAGUUGCACUAAGGUUAAAACAAAUGGGCUAUUCAACUGGCUGUUCUGUUGGUGAUACGAUCCCAUAUAUAAUUUGCUGUGAGCAGGGAUCUACUUCUGGUGGUUCUGUAGGCAUUGCUCAGCGGGCUAGACAUCCUGAUGAAUUAAAAAAGGAAGAUGGAAAAUGGAUGAUCGACAUCGUUUACUACCUGUCACAGCAGAUUCACCCUGUGGUUUCCCGUCUAUGUGCCUCAAUCCAGGGCACUAGCCCAGAACGCUUGGCUGACUGUCUGGGGCUUGAUUCAUCGAAGUUUCAAAACAAAUCAAGUGAAGUUUCCCGAAGUGAUGUCUCCUCUUCCCUCUUGUGUUCCAUAAACGAUGAGGAAAGGUAUCAGGGCUGUAUACCACUGACAUUAACUUGUCCCAGUUGUUCUGGUACUUUUGAGUGUCCUGCUAUCUUCAGUUCUAUAUACAAAUCAGCAGAUGGAAAGCAAGAAAAGGCAGUUGAUGAACCUACAAGCAAAUUUUGGAAUAAUUUGCGUUGUCCGAAAUGUCCUGACGAAGCUAGUGCGGGUAGAAUGACUCCUGGAAUGAUUGCCAACCAGGUAAAAAGGCAAGCAGAGAGGUUCAUUUCGAUGUAUUAUAAUGGCUUACUGAUGUGUGAGGAUGAAACCUGCAAAUAUGCCACACGUGCUGUCAAUCUUCGAGUCAUGGGCGACUCUGAGAAAGGAACCAUCUGCCCAAACUAUACCCACUGCAAUGGGCGUCUAAUAAGAAAGUACACAGAAGUGGAUUUGUACAAGCAGCUUGCAUAUUUUAGUCACACUUUGGAUACCAUACGCUGUAUGGAAAAGUUGGAGGUCCAUGCAAGGGUAACUUUAGAGAAAGAAAUGGCUAAAAUUCGGCCAAUAGUAGAGUUAGCUGCAUCAACAAUUCAAAGUCUUCGAGAUCGCAGUGCAUAUGGUUGGGUGCAGUUGCAGGAUUUUGUAGUUACAGUUUGAGUUUGCAUAUAUAACCGAGGUACGCAUGCUAGAUAUCCAUUCAUUUCUCUCCUCUACAUUGUAUAUAUUUGUCAUAUCGAUUAAUGCUCCAAUAGAAAACUAGUAAUUUUUGGGUUCCACCAUUUGAAUUGUUAUUAACUCAAGUUUUAUACAUACGUGUAGUUAAUUUU